AAAUAAACUACGAGCUCCACUAGUGUGUUUGUUGAAAGUCUCUGUAUGUGCAAUAACAAAAGACGGUAAAAGAGAGGGAGCGACCUGUUAACGCCGGGAAAAGAUCAUUCGUUCGUUGUACCGAAGCCCCGUGGACAUGGAGCGCUUAUGUGGACCAAAACUCCCGUUCUGGGUAGCCAAUCAGACGCUCCACACGGACAGUCCAGACCUGCCGGAAUGUUUCCAGCUGUCAGUGCUGUCAUGGCUGCCUUGUGUGUACCUGUGGCUUGCUUGCCCUCCCUACCUCUUCUACCUCCAGAGGAACAACAAGGGUUAUAUCAUGAUGUCCAUCCUUAACAGAGUGAAAACGGUCUUUGGGUUGGUGUUGUGGAUUGUGUGUUGGACAGAUCUUUUUGGCACCUUCCAUGAGCUGCAGCAGGGGGACUCAAAGCCACCCAUCUACUUCGUCACUCCACUGGUGGUCGGCAUGACGAUGCUGCUAGCUUUGUUUCUGAUACAGUUUGAGAGGUUGAGGGGGGUCCAGUCUUCAGGGAUUCUAUUUAUAUUCUGGUUCCUGUCAGUGCUGUGUGCCAUAGUGCCUUUCCGCUCCAAGAUUCUACAGGCCAAAUAUCAGAGUGAGAUUUCAGACAAGUUGCGUUUCACCACAUUCUAUUUCUACUUCAGCCUGAUCGUAGCCGAGCUUAUCCUCUCUUGCUUCAAUGAGAAACCUCCACUUUUCUCCAACAUAGACACAGACCCCAAUCCUUGUCCUCAAUCAACUGCUGGUUUCCUCUCCACUAUGACCUUCUGGUGGUUCACUAGCAUGGCCAUCAAGGGCUAUAAGAACCCUCUGGAAGCCAAAGACCUGUGGUCACUGAACAAGAGGGACAGCUCAGAGGUGGUCGUCCCCAAGCUACUGCGGGAGUGGGAGGUGGAGCAGGCCAAGACUCACAGUGCUGUGGACCAGUCCACCCAGGCUCAUUUCUCCAAACCUACCCCAGCGGGAGAGUCCAACCAUGUAGGGGGGGAGAGCAGUCCUGAGGAGGUGGAGGUGUUGCUGUCCAAACAAAAAGACCCCAAAAAGCCCUCCUUCCUCCGUUCCCUCAUCAAGGCCUUUGGACCCUACUUCCUCAUCGGAUCUGCAUUUAAACUCCUACAGGACCUCAUCACCUUCGUCAACCCACAGCUCCUCAAGUUAUUGAUCUCAUUCACGAAGCAGAAGGGAGCUCCCACCUGGUGGGGAUACGCCCUGGCCUUCCUCAUGUUCUUCGCAGCCUUCCUCCAGACUCUCAUUCUGCACCAACACUUCCAGUACUGCUUCGUCACUGGGAUGAGACUUCGCACCUCCAUCAUAGGAGCCAUCUACAGGAAGUCUCUGAUUAUCACUAACGCGGCCAAGCGUACAUCUACAGUGGGAGAGAUAGUCAACCUGAUGUCAGUGGACGCUCAGCGCUUCAUGGAUCUCACCACCUUUCUCAACAUGCUGUGGUCCGCCCCACUUCAGAUCAUACUGGCACUAUACUUCCUGUGGCAGAACCUGGGUCCGUCGGUGCUGGCUGGUGUUGCUGUGAUGAUCCUCCUGAUCCCCUUAAAUGCUGCCAUCGCCGUGAGGACACGAGCCUACCAGGUGGAGCAGAUGCAGUACAAGGACGCUCGCAUCAAACUGAUGAACGAGAUUCUGAACGGGAUCAAAGUGUUGAAGCUGUACGCCUGGGAGAGCUCCUUUAAAGAGAAGGUUCUGGAGAUCAGACAGAAAGAGCUCAAUGUGCUCCGCAAGACGGCCUACCUCGGUGCUCUGUCUACCAUGGCAUGGACCAGUGCACCUUUCCUAGUUGCCUUGACAACGUUUGCAGUGUAUGUGACUGUGGAUAAAAAUAACAUUUUAGACGCGGAGAAAGCCUUUGUAUCUUUGUCUCUGUUCAACAUCUUACGGUUCCCUCUCAAUAUGUUGCCCCAAGUCAUCAGCAGUAUCGUACAGGCCAGUGUGUCCCUGAAGCGUAUCCAGGACUUCCUGAGUCAUGAUGAGCUGGACCCAGAGUCUGUGGACCGGACUAACACUGCCACAGAUAGCUCAGUGACUGUUGUCAACGGGAAGUUCACCUGGGCAAAACAAGAUCCUCCUGCUCUACACAAUAUAAACCUGAUGGUGCCCCAGGGCUCACUGCUAGCGGUGGUAGGACAUGUCGGCUGUGGAAAGUCUUCUCUGGUGUCAGCUCUAUUGGGAGAGAUGGAGAAAAUGGAGGGAGACAUCUCUAUACAGGGUUCGGUGGCCUACGUCCCGCAGCAAGCCUGGAUCCAGAAUGCCACUCUGAGAGACAACAUCCUAUUUGGCAAGGCCUACAACGAGCACAAGUACCGCUGUUGUCUGGAUGCCUGCGCUCUGACCCAGGACCUGGAAGUACUACCUGGAGGAGACCUGACCGAGAUCGGAGAGAAGGGAAUCAACCUCUCAGGUGGUCAGAGACAAAGGGUGAGUCUGGCCAGAGCUCUGUACAAUGAGGCAGACGUCUACCUGCUGGACGACCCUCUCUCUGCCGUGGACGCCCACGUGGCCAAACACAUCUUCGACCAGGUCAUUGGCCCAGAGGGGGCGCUGCAGGGCAAGACGCGUAUCCUGGUGACGCACGGCAUCAGCUUCCUGCCGCAGGUGGAUAACAUAGUGGUGAUGGUGGAGGGCAGGGUGUCGGAGAUGGGCUCGUACCAAGAGCUGCUCAAACAGAAUGGGGCAUUCGCUGAGUUCCUCAGGAACUAUUCCCUGGAGGACAUCAUCGAGGAGGACGAGGCAACAGAGGCUUUGAUUGACGAAGAAGAAAACUUCCCUGACGACGCCCUUAGCAACCAUACAGACAUGGUGGACAACGAACCAGUGGUCAAUGAGGCAAAGAGACAGUUCAUAAGGCAGAUCAGCAUCAUCUCAGGGGACCUGGAGAACCCAAAGAGCAGGUCUGUCCGGAAGCGUCUGUGCAGCGAGAGGAAGCAUGCCGAAUCUGACUCCGAGAAGAAACUACCCAAGGUGGAGAAACUCAUCCAAGCAGAGACCGCUGAGACAGGCAGGGUGAAGAGCAAGGUGUUCUGGGAGUAUGUCAAGGCAGUAGGGCCUCUGCUGUCCCUUUUCAUCUGUUUCCUGUACGGCUGCCAGAGUGCUGCCUCCAUCGGAGCCAACGUCUGGCUGAGCCAGUGGACCAAUGACGCAGCUCAGAACGUGACCCAGGAGAAUGUCAGCAUGAGGGUGGGGGUGUAUGCUGCUUUGGGCAUGGCGCAAGGUGUGCUGUUGCUGGCCAACUGUCUGCUGUCCAAGGCCUACAGCAUGCUGCGGGCAGCCGAACUCAUGCACCUCCACAUGCUCCAGAGGUUGCUGAGGGCACCCCAGGGCUUCUUCGAGAGCACCCCCACGGGGCGUGUACUCAACCGCUUCAGCAAAGACGUGGACAUUAUAGACUCGCACAUCCCAGACAAUAUUGAUAUAUGGAUGCGCACUUUCUGGUACACAGUGAAUGUGCUGAUCGUAUGCUCUGCCCUCACCCCUCUGUUCCUACUAGUCGUAGUGCCGUUAAUGGUGUUCUAUUGGUGGGUCCAGGUAAAUAGGACACAACUCAUUAAUAACUCUAAUACAGUGUGUGUGUGUGUGUGGGCUGGUAGAUUGCUGCUGUUGUGUGUACAGUUUGCUGUGGUAGAUGUGACCAUCAUUCUCGUUGUCUUAGUGUUGCAGUGGGGUUUGCUUGGUGGGUAGACACAGUAGCAGACUAGCGAGUGGAGGUUUAGUGUGUAGGCUAAGGCUCCAGUCUCUAGUUGUUUGGUUUGUGUGGAACGGCUGUUCUUCUAGUUCACACCACCCCAAGGUAUCUGGAUGUGGAACCUCAGCAUAUGGCAUUAGAACCAAGAUUGUUGAUAUUCCAUUGACUUGGCUUCACUAUGAUAAUUCGAUGCACUGAAUUUUGAAUUUGACUGAAUCCGUGCCGGUUAACAACCGGGGGUAGAUGGUGAGCAGCCGUUCGGUAUCUGUAUUGAAUACUGUUGUGUGUGUGUGUGUGUGUGUGUGUGGGAGGGGAUAGGCAUUAUCGUGUCAUCAUGGUUCCUGAAUGUUCAUUCCGACGUUUAGAACUCAUCCUAAUCAGUUAAACUUCAAAUCAUCCAACAUCCAUUUAGCAUCCAUGUGUUGUGAAUAACUGUUUGGCUAUCUACUACUAACGCACUAAGAUGAUUUGGCUUCUUAAGGUCCCUAUGGCUUUGUAAUGUAAUGUGUUUUUUUUUUUUUUUGCGUCUGGAGAUUUGACCCACAAAAUUACGACACUUGAUAGGAGCCACAAGGCUUCUUCAAAUUGCUGGUCAAUGAUAGAAUGUGUUGAGCAUCAAUUGACAUGACUGCUCUUGAUCUGAUUUUCAUCUGUUUGAAAUGUCCACGCACCUGCAGCACACUGAUUUCAUUUGAAGAAAUCGACAAGCAAUCACCUCCUUUCAACCUUCCAAUCAGUUUGAUUGAGAAGGUCUAAAGAGACUACGUGAUCCCGAGCGAAAAAUAGUUUAGUUUGUAGUAUCUGCAUUUGGAUGUUUCGCUGAGGGCCAUUGGGGCUUGUGCUUUCCAGGAGUUUCCAGAAGUUGGAAAACUGAUGUAUUUCUGGAGCCCGACCGAUAUAUCAGUUCACCAAUAUUAUCGGCCGAUAUUGGCCUUUUACCACUAUCGUUAUCAGAUGAUAAUUCAACCGUUAACCGAUUUUUAAAAAAAUCUCAUGCCUUUCUGAACAAAUGUGGCCGUUUUCAGAACGAGGGGACAUAUUUGUAUACAUUCUUGUCACGUAUGAAAUCAACAUUUGAAGCAUUGUUAUUGGACAAUUGCACUUUUGAAUGGCAAUUUAUGCAAAUUCAGUGAGUAAGACAUAUCGGUAUGUUUUGUCCCCUAAUAAAUCAGAAUCUGACCCCCAAAAAAGCAUUGAUCGGGCUGGGCUCUAUAUAGUGAAUGUAAGCAGGGUUCUGUGUGUUCACAUGUGCCUCUGUGAGAUGUCCGCUACCUGGAACUGCAGCGCUGUUGACUGGGUCGCCAUGAUCUAACACCCGCAUAUAUUCCUUCUCCUUUUUGAUUUAUCUGCAUUGUCUCUUAUUUACCUUCUCCGUGUGUCUCUCAAUCAUUGAAAAAAGGGCUAUUUCUUACUCACUGGGACUUUAAUUAUUCUAUAUGUGUGAAUUUGACCUUUAAUGAUGUGUUAGUGUUUAAAAGCCAACCCGUACGUACACUGCAAUAUUAUGAUGGCAUUUAAGCACUAAUGGACAUUGAAGUGUUCAUUUUAUCAAGUGUAAUCAAAUGUGUUUAGUAUUGGAUGAUUUAUACAUUGAUUUGAUAAUCAAAUUAAAUAUACCUUAUUUCGUAGACUGGGCCGGGUGGAAAGAGUAUCCGCAGAGUUCAAGAACUGGCAUUAUCAUAAUUAAUGUAAACGCUAGCUAAAUAUGACUAUUAAAUAUAUCUAUCACUAUGAAAUGAAUCUAUUACUCUAUUAGUCUGUCAAAGGAACUCUGCAGAUGUUUUGUGAACCCUGACCUUACAGACCUUACAGUGUGUUACUGCAGUGUGCUCUUCCUAGUUGCUUACUGUCACAGCUUGUAUCCCCGUGUUCAGUUACUAUAUAAUGCGUUGUUCGUCUCUCUUCCCCACGGCUGUAGAGAUUUUACGUGGCCACAUCUCGGCAGUUAAAGCGUCUGGAGUCGGUCAGCAGGUCUCCUAUAUACUCCCAUUUCUCUGAGACCGUCACUGGCUCUAGUGUCAUCAGAGCCUACUGCAGACACGAUGCCUUUGUACUAAUGAGUGACAUGAAGGUGGAUGAGAACCAGAAGAGUUACUACCCUGGUAUAGUGUCCAACAGGUAGGUGGUGUCUAUAUCUUACUGUACAUUCACUAUGGACUCUGGAGGACAGCGGCUGUGUUCCAAUUGUCUUUGGGGCGGCAGGUUGCCUUGCCUUAAGAGUGUUGGGUCAGUAACCGAAAGGGCGCUGGUUUGAAUCCCCGAGCUGACUAGGUGGAAAAUGUGUUGAUGUGCCCUUGAGCAAUUCACUUAACCCUAAUUGCUCCUGUAAGUCUCUCUGGAUAAGAGCGUCUGCUAAAUGGCUCCAAUAUAAAAUUCUUCAUUUGCUUCCUUUCCUCGCUCCCUUUUUUGGCUACUGCCCUGAAGGGUCUUGGUAAAAGUCCCAAGGGUGCUAGGAUUCUCUCUUCAAAAUGACGGUACAGUAUUUGUCUGUCCAUUGCAUUUUGAGAAUUGGAACAUAGCCACUGACUGGUGCUCAUGUUGAAAGCAUGCUCAACAAGCACACAUACACGUUCCAUCGCAAAGUACAUAAAACAUGAGUGUCCCACUUUACAAUAAGUGCUCCUAAUACUGUAUCUAAUCAAUGUAUUUGCAUGGUAAUGUAUAUUGAACAAAAAUAUGAACGCAACAGUUUCAACAAUUUUACUGAGUUACAGUUCAUAGAAGGAAAUCAGUCAAUUGGAAUACAUUCAUUUGGUCCUAAUCUAUGGAAUUUACAUGACUGGUAGGGGUGCAGCAAUAGGUGGGCCUGGGAGUGCAUAGGCCCACCCACUGGGGAGCCAGGCCCAGCCAAUCAGAAUUAGUUUUUCGCCACUAAAGGGCUUUAUUACAGACCAAAAUAUUUUUUAGUUUCAUCAGCUGUCCAAGUGGCUGGUCUCGGAUGUUCCCGCAGGUGAAGAAGCCGGAUGUGGAGGUCCUGGGCUGGUGUGGUUACACAUGGUCUGCGGUUGUGAGGCUGGUUGGACACGUACUGCCAAAUACUCAAACAGACAUUGGAGGUGGCUUAUAGUAGAGACAUGAACAUUAAAUUCUCUGGAAACAGCUUUGUUGGACAGUCCUGCACUCAGCAUGCCAAUUGCACGCAUGUGUGGUGUUUUGUGACAAAACUGCACAUUUUAGUGGAUUUUUAUUGUCCCAAGCACAAGGUACACCUGGCAAAGGAGAAAUGCUAACAGGGAUGUAAACAAUUUAAAAAAGAGAAGAUUUUUGGGCAUAUGGACAAUUCUAUUUAAUUUCAGCUCAUAAAUAUGGGACCAACACUUUACAUUAGUGGAGGACGGCUCAUAAUAAUAUCUGGAACGGAACGAAUGGAUUGACACCAAUCACAUGGAAACCAUGUUUGAUGUAUUUGAUACCAUUCCACUGAUUCCUCUCCAGCCAUUACCACGGGCCCGUCCUCCCCAAUUAAGGUUCCACCAACCUCCUGAGCUUUACAUGUUGCGUUUCAUUUUUUUCCUUCAGUAUAUUUACAUAGACAGGUUCAGUGUAACUACUGUGUAGAGCAGCGCUGACGCACAGUGUGGUUUCUAACUGUGUCUUGUGUGUGUGUAGGUGGUUAGGGGUGCGUAUAGAGUUCAUCGGGAACUGCAUCGUACUGUUUGCUGCUCUGUUUGCUGUGAUCGGGAAAGACAAGCUCAACCCUGGACUGGUGGGACUCUCUGUGUCCUACGCUCU